AUGCCUUCACUAAACAAGGUGGAAUUUCUCAGCAUAGGUAUCAGCGUUAUCGCGCUGGCCAUUAUUGGUACUGCAAUUCAAGUGCUUUCGUUUCUGAUUUUAUGCAAGAGACAGUUUCGAAAAUUCCACCUCACGCCAUAUUUUCUGAACAUUGCUCUGGCGAACGUCCUGGUUAUAACAGUGGACCUGCCAGCAGUAGCGAUCUCCGCAUUCGCAGAAAAACAACUGAUGGGAGAUAUUUUCUGUCAGAAUUUUGUUUGCGACUCCGAAGUUCAUUUGACUAAUCUGUUUCUUUUAUUUCAGAUGCGAGGAUUCUUCGUUGGCGCGGCAUCUAUUACAACAUUUGCUACCAUGACAUUGUCCCUCUUCAAAAUCUUUCGCAGGAUGCAUGAUCAAGCUCCAGACGCUGAUUUCAAAUUUGCCUUGGGCGAAGAAGAGGACUGGAAACCUUACAAGAGCAUGAAGACGAUGACAGUCACGUGGUUCUAUGGACUUGCCGUCAUGUUUCCUCCCUUUGUGGGUUGGGGCUCAUUUUCGUCUGAGUCUGGUGGUACUAUUUGUAUCCCAAACUGGCGAGAUAACACCUCAGCUGGACACGCCUACUUGAUCACACUCGUCAUUUUGGCCUUCGUGGCACCCUUGUACGUUUCCUUGGUCUGUUUCGCGAGGAUUUACCGGAAAUCAAGGAAACUCCCUGAUGAAAACCUGAGGACGACCAAGGAAAAAACAUUGACAAGGAAAGCUGUCAGGAUGGUCGUACUCGGCAUAGUCAGCUUUUCCAUCAGUUGGACCCCUUACUGUGUGUCUGCUAUGAUAUCAGUCAUAGGUGGCUCGGAAAUUUUUGACAGAGAUCAGUCUUUCAUCCCUGGAAUAUUCGCCAAGGCCAGCCUCAUGUACAACCCGCUGCUCUGCAUGCUUGUCUGCAAGCGAUUUCGAACCGUUGCUGCAGAUAUGUUGUGCUGCAGGAAUAACAGUCAUAUCAUCGUGGAAGUAACCCAAAGGUCUACUGCUCCGAAUGAGACGAUGACCAGCGAGCAACAACAGAACGACAACCAGGACAUGCUACGGAACCAAGCGAGGUCACAAGAAACGUCUAUGGUAUUGAAAGGUUUUUGUGAUCUCUAG